UACAAAGCAUAUCAAAUACAAAACAUAUCAAAUACAAAACAUAUCAAGUACAAAACAUAUCAAAUACAAGACAUAACAAAAAUAGGUUUGUUCCUAUCUAUUUUAAAGGGAACAUAAGUUGCUCACGCGUCUUCACGAUUACAGGCUGGAUGGAACUUUGGUUUGCGAUUUUUUUAUUGAAAUUCCCGGAUUUUGUUAUUCACAUAUUAGAAAAUUUACAGGAAGUCUCAUAAUUUUCUCAACUCGAAUACAGCUUAAAUUUGGUUUUGAUAUGUUUUGAUUAUAUAUAUUUUGUAUUUUGAUAUGUUUUUCUUUGAUAUGGUUAGUAGUGGGAUAUGUUCUGUUUUGAUAUGCUUUGAUUUGAUAUGUUUUGUUUUGAUAUGUUUCGUGAUGAUAUGUUUCGUGAUGAUAUGUUUUGUAUGUGCUCCUAGAAAAAUCUUUAAUAUGUUUUUACUUUCGAAUAUAUCUGAUACAGUUUAGUUCGAAUAUAUCUGAUACAGUUUAGUUCGAAUAUAUCUGAUACAGUUUAGUUCGAAUAUAUCUGAUACAAUUUAGUUCGAAUAUAUCUGAUACAGUUUAGUUCGAAUAUUUUGUUAAAUUUUUUCAGAUAAAAUGGCAGAGAAUAUAAAAAAAGAAUUUGCUAUGGAAAAAGUCAAGAUAAAAGAAGAAGAAGUUUUUAUCAAGGAAGAAAUAUGUUCCUCUUAUAGUUCAGAGGAAACAUGUGCUAGGUAUGUGGAGGAAGAUGAUGUGAAGAUGGAAAAUACAGAAAAUAAAGGUGAUAUUGUAAAUUGCGAUGAAGACCCCUUUCACACUAAACCAAAUAUGCUAAAGAAAAGAAAGGAACGAAUAUAUACUUGUGUGGAAUGUGAUUAUGAGUCAACUCAAAAUCAAAACCUAAAGAGGCAUAUUGAGAGUAAACAUGCAGGAGUCAGGUUUCCCUGUGAUCAGUGUGAAUACGCUGCAACUACUACAGGUAGUCUUAACAACCACAUUAGAUAUAAACAUGAAGGUGUCAGAUAUCCUUGUGAUCAGUGUGAAUUCUCUGCUACUCAAGCAAGUCAUCUAAAGAAACAUACUGAAAUUAAACAUGAAGGAGUGAGAUAUCCAUGCAAUCAUUGUGACUACUUUGCUACUACAGCAGGUCAUCUAAAAACACAUAUUGAAAAUAAGCACAUUGGAGUGAGAUAUCCUUGCAAUCAAUGUGAUUAUAUCGCCACUACAGCAGUCACUCUAAAGAGACAUAUUAGUUAUAUACAUGAUGAAAUAAAAUAUCCUUGUGGCCAGUGUAAAUAUGCCGCUACUACAGCUUGUCAUCUGAAACAGCACGUUGAAGCUAUACAUGAAGGGGUAAGAUAUCCCUGUGACCAAUGUGAUUAUGCUGCAACUUGCACAAGUCAUCUGAAACGACAUAAAAAGCGUAAACAUAAUAGAUAAUGAUUAUAUAACAGGAUUUGCUCUGUACUUAAGAUUUUAAAGGGA